GCGGGGCCGCACACACCUGGCGGCGCCCGGAAGCCGCGUGCUGAGUGCCCGAGCAUCACCUGGUGCAGGGAGGAAUGAAAGCCCCAGCAAGUUUCCUGAUGCAUGCGGCGUACCAGAGGAGACCUCCGACCUCUUUGCGAAAGCCUUUUCGGCUAAGUGUUCCUCUAAUCCUCACACCUAGCAUGUGACGUCGCUAGUAUCUCAGUUGCAACUGAAGGAAAAACCGGAGGCUCAGAUGGGUGGAGUACCCGAGCCUCCCGGUAUUUUGUUUCGGCCUUCAUAGUUCUCAGCCUUUACCCCAAAACUACAAAAAAUGAACAAAUCCCAGGGAUCGGUUUCAUUCACCGAUGUGACUGUGGACUUCACUCAGGAGGAAUGGGAACAACUGGACCCCUCACAGCGGAUCCUUUACAUGGACGUGAUGCUGGAGAAUUACAGCAAUUUACUCUCAGUGGAGGUGUGGAAAGCUGACGACCAGAUGGAGCGGGACCCCAGCAACCCAGAUGAGCAGGCGAGACCAUUUAUCAUUUUUAAGAACCAAACCCCAAUUGAGGAAAGAGGUAAUCUCUUUGAAAAAACGUUUAAUCUGAGCACAGAUUUUGUUUCCUUAAGGCAAGUACCCUAUAAAUACGACUUAUACGAAAAAACCUUGAAGUCUAAUUCAGACUUACUUAAUGGUAAUAGAAGCUAUAUAAGAAAGAGAGCUGAUGAGUGUAACGGAUUUGGAAAAGCACUCCUCUAUCUGAAGCAAGAGAAAACCCAUCAUGGGUUGGAAUACUCUGACUAUAAUAAAAGUGGGAAAGUCUUUAAAGAAGCCAUUUUUAAACAUCAGAAAAUACGAAAUUUGGUACAACCUUUUAUUUGUAAUUACUGUGACAAGGCUUUCUCCUUUAAGUCACUCCUCAUUAGUCACAAGAGAAUACACACUGGAGAAAAACCUUAUGAAUGUAACGUGUGUAAGAAAACCUUCUCCCAUAAGGCAAACCUCAUUAAACAUCAAAGAAUUCAUACAGGGGAGAAACCCUUUGAAUGUAUUGAAUGCGGAAAAGCUUUCACCCACCAGUCAAACCUCAUCGUUCACCAGAGAGCACAUAUGGAGAAGAAGCCCUAUGAGUGCAGUGACUGUGGCAAGACAUUUGCCCAGAAGUUUGAACUUACUACCCACCAGAGAAUUCAUACAGGAGAACGACCCUAUGAGUGUAACGAGUGCGCAAAAACCUUCUUCAAAAAGUCCAACCUCAUUAUACAUCAGAAAAUUCACACGGGGGAGAAACGCUAUGAGUGCAGCGAAUGUGGAAAAUCCUUUAUCCAGAACUCACAACUGAUCAUACACAUGAGAACUCACACGGGAGAGAAACCCUAUGAAUGUACCGAAUGUGGCAAGACAUUCAGCCAGAGGUCAACCCUGAGAUUACAUUUGCGAAUCCAUACAGGAGAGAAACCAUACGAGUGUUCUGAAUGUGGGAAGGCCUUCAGCAGGAAGUCCCGACUCAGUGUCCAUCAGAGGGUUCACAUGGGGGAAAAGCCCUGAGACUGCAGCUAGCUUGUUCUGUGGAAAAAUCCGAACCCUUCCAGUGGGGGGCAGACCGCACAAAGGUACUGAAGGAACGGGGACACGCGGGGCGGUGGGGGGAUACAAUCCAUCAAAUCAAAACACAUGUAAAAACAGGAUCCCCUAAGAACAGCCUUAUACCCAAAGUUAGAUACUCUGCCCAGCUAAAGCGUACAUCCAGUUGUAAAUAGACAUGCUUAGUCCUGUUACAGUGAGCUUUUUAAAAUCUUGAAUUAUUCUGGGCAGCAGCAUAAAGGAUCUGCAGCCCAUACCCCGGGAGUUGAGUGGCUGUGUAUGAGAUUAUGCCCCAAAACACAAAUCUUGUCUUACAUCUAUACAUGUAAAUUUAACACAGUCACUGGGAGUUGGAAAUUCUUGUCCUCUGAUAGUUAGGACAUGAGUAAGAUUUUCCAUACUCAACACCACGUGUCUUUCAGUACCUUUACAACCCAGUACGCAUUCCACAUGAACUAGGUCACAGUUUUAGUAGCGUGUAGCGUAUGUUUUCUCCUGCUACUUGAUGGCAUAGGGAAGUUGGUCGGACCAUCGUUAUUCAGCUGCCUCUUCAAUAAACAGAAGACAGUGUUGAAGGUUUAACUUGCUUCGGAGGUUGCUAAAAGCAUUAUUCACAUCGAUAUAUAAGUCAGAUAAUUCAGAGGGGAUUUAGGGAGUGAAAGACCACUGUGGGCUGUCACUCAGUGUAGGCACCACAGCUGGAGAGAGUGCCCACGUCCCUCGUGCGCAGUUCCUUUGCAGUGGGGUGUUUACAUAUAGAUGCCUGUCUUUUAACAUACUGUGUAACCCAUAAACUACUUGUGCUUUUAUUUGUGUU